AGUGGAGACAUCUAUCUGCAGAAACAAAAAGUACUUAGCCCUAACAUCAAUUUACUUGGAGGCAAUGGCAAUAUAUGUGCACUUAUAUCCCUUUGCCUCCAAAUGACACAACAAAUUACGUUUUUUGUUUACAUGCGUGCGUGUGGUACUGCGUAUUUGUGACAGUUUUCUAAGCAGUAUUAUUGUUGUUUUUCGAAUAAUAACUGUUUACAAAAUAUAUCAGUUAAUUACUUGGUGUAAACUAAAUGACGGAUUUUGAGUUAGAUGAACCUGUCGAUGAUAGCGAUCUAGAUCGCGAUUACCACCCAGAAGAGGCAUCUACAUCGACUACUGAAGGAGAGUCGAAUGAAGGUGACACAGACAACAACCAGUCAACGCGUAGCAGGAAACGGAUCAGAAACGAGUCAUCUUGGGCACGGAAUAAAGCGAAGAAUGCCAGGAAUGGUGGUGGUGAAUUUAUAGGCCAUAGAAAAUUGCUAAAGCCAGCAAAAGCCGUUCAAAAUCUGGCAGAUCAUCAAUGUCGAUACGAGUGUAAGAGUUUUUCAAAUGAAGAUCGCCAACAAAUCUUUGAUGACUAUUGGAAUUUGGAGUCAUGGAAUCUACAAACGGCAUUCCUUACCGCAUGUAUGGAAACACAUGCACCUAAAAAAGUAACUGUUGAGCCACGUAAUACGAAGUAUUUAUCAGGCGAACUAAGCAUUCACAAAAUGUAUACCCUUUAUUUGCAGUAUUGCCGGGACAAUAAUAUUCAAAACCCUGUUAAGGAGAGCUUCUAUAGAUAUAUUUUUACAACGAAAUUUAAUCUGCGUUUCAAACGGCCCUAUACUGAUACAUGUACAAUAUGCGAUACACUUGAAAAUAAAAUCAGUAAUGACAUUAAUCCUGAGGUUGUGAAUGAUAGUAAAGUUCAGAAAGAGAUUCACUUACGAAAAGCUGAAAAGGCUAGAAUUAAUCCUAAUACUGUAAAUGCAAUAUGUUUUGAUCUUGAAAAGACUCUCCCUACGCGUGGAUUAACCUGUAGUAAGGUGUACUAUCUCAGGCAACUGUGGACUUAUAAUUUUGCGGUAAAUAAUCUUGCAAAUGAUCAGGCAUCAAUGUUUAUGUGGCACGAGGGUGAAGCGUUUAGGGGAUCCCAAGAAAUUGGAUCAUGUCUAUUGAAAUAUGUUCAGCAACUUCCUAAUUCAAUAGAACAUAUCAUCGCAUUUAGCGAUAAUGCAGGGGAUCAAAAUAAAAAUCACAACAUCAUAAAAUUCUGGAGACAUAUUGUUCAGACAACAUCAGUUUGUACAGUUGACCAUAAAUUUUUAGUUUCUGCUCACUCCUAUAUGGAGUGCGACCAAGAUUUUGGACUAAUCGAAAAGUCAAAGAAAAAAAACCAAUAUAUUUUUGUCCCCGAUGAUUGGAACAAAGUAGUACCUCUAGCAAGUCGAAAGUUUACUGUUGUUUACGAAUGAGAAAUGAAGAUUUUGUGUCAGUUGAAGAAAUGAAAAAAGGGAUAAAAGACAGUAUUCCAGGAAUACGUAGUAUUCAGUGGUUCCGACUGGAAAAAGAUAAACCCCACAUACUUCAAUACAAAAACAGUUUGAAUGAGGAUAUGGAUUUUGAGUAUUUUGACCUUAGAAAACAGAAAAAGGGUCGUCCAAAUAUCCAAUUUGAGCUUAAGUUGUUGCAUCCUGAGCCACCAUCUAUAAAAACCGCAAAAUACGAGAACCUUCAGCAACUCCUUCAGUUUAUUCCUCCUAUAUACCAUAACUUUUAUUCAUCACUAAAACACCAAGGAACCGCGAAAAAAACUAUAGCCUCAGCGACAAACGAAAAUGGAGAAGAAAGAAGCGAGGCCACCACUAGCCAAAGAUACACAGUUGCAGAAAAUUCUGAAUAUGUUUCAGCUGAAUGGGAAUCCGAUGAUGAAUAGAAGGAGCGAGUGUUGUGAUCUACAUUAAAACUUUUAAAAAUGUUUAGUUUUGUAACUUUUGUAUUCAUUGACUUUUUGUCAAUAAACUUUCGAUUUCAUCAGUCUGUUAUUUUACUAUUUUAUAAUAAUUUACGAUCCCCCUUUACAAAAUGGCUUGCAUUCAUUUUAGCAAUCAUAGGUAAAGAAAUAAAGCAGAUUAUAAUGUAAGUAAUAUUCAAAAAUAAAGUGUUAAAUAAAAAUAAUUCCACUCUUAGAUGCAAAGGGGUGUAAGUGAUACGCACCUUUACUUUAAGCCCUGUAUUCAUCAAAUUACCAACUUAAAUGCAAAUAAUCUUUACAUACAUUAGAAAGUUAGAAAAAAAUAGGUUGAUUCUAUUUAA